AUUGAACCUGGCGCACCGACUCUGGUGUGUCACGUGGCCAACAGUAGUGGAAUGACGUGAUUUGACCAUUGUCAACGUGUAUGUGUGUUUGAAGAAAAGUCACGACUUGUCGUCACUUUCAGUCAUUUUCUAGUGUUGUGUCAUAUGUUAUGACGUAUAUCAUGUAUAUCAUCAUGAAAAAGAGCCUUGUGUUCGCUUGUGCUGUUGUCAAUGCAUGAAGCUUGUUCACUUUGGUUCACGUCUGUUAAACUAUUUGACUCAAAUGCUGUGUGAUUAAAACUAUUUUGUAGUCAUGUAUAGAUUAUUAAAUGACAAAUAAAAUACAAUAUUCAAUAACGACUGGAAGUACACGCUGUGGGAAUUGCUUUCCAACUCAAACUGACCGAUGUGAGAUUUAUUUGGAAGGAUGAAGCUACACCUACAUAACCACGUAGCGUUUCAUUAGAUCUGCAUCUGCGCUUAUAUUGUUGUAUGCAGGGGCUACAAUGUUAAAUGGGCAUCGAUUUUGAGUUGCAUCGAACAGUCGUUUUUAUUUUCGAUUUCCCAACACUUGAUGCUAUGGAUACAAAAAUGUUAGACUAACCAUGUUCCAAAAUCAUUGUGCGAGAAAUGCUCACCGUUACACAUUGUCGUGAUAUCGCCUUGUCAGUUUUUUUAUUCAUAUCGCUUUAAAAUGAGAUAAGUGAUAUUUCUGACAAGAAAUGGUCGAUGACGUAUUUAAAGUAAUUAUUUCCAAUAGCUUGAAUUAAAACAUGCGUACAGUUCUGAAUACGUGGCUAAGUCAUUGGGUAGUAUACGUAGAUAACUUGUCAUUAUUUUACUUGGUUAGUGUAGUGAUAUCGUUCUUAGCCGUGUUUGCUAGUUGGUGGUUUCACAAGAAAGAUACACGUGUAUUAAGUGACGACGUUAUAAAAGAGAGAGAAGCAUGUGAUACCGAUGAGCAGGAUCUCUUGAAGGAAGAAGAUAGUUUGGAAGAUGUUAGUUUAUUGAGACAAUUCAGAAAGGUUCGGCAAAAUGCAAUUGAACAGAAAAUAUUGUCUACAUUUACCUCAGAGCAGCUAGAAGAAGAAAGAAAGGCUGAAAAAGAACAGUUAGCAGCCAUUUUCCAGUUGCUGAAUGAAGAAAAAGAAAAGUUUCAAGUCAAUUCUAUGGAGGAAUUAGAAAGUCAACUUCGGUUAUACCGGCAGUAGUUCAGUGAUUGGUUAAAUAUCUAGAAUGUACCUGCAGCAUUUGUACCUCAUUAAAUAUGAAAUUGGAGAGUACUGUGACAUUACGCACCGGUAAUGCCGAGACGUCAUGAUCAUCAUCAUUUAAAAAUCAUUGCGUUUCCAGCUCGAUAUGCGGUGGAAAUAAAGCUGUGAAAAUGUGGAAAACUUUGUUACUCUAAGCGGCUGUUUGUUUGGCAUCUUCUAGCUGAUGCUUUGUUGUUAAUGUAUUAACCUUUUAUUUGCGUUUUGGGAGCAUCAAAGAAGUCCAAGGAAGGGACAAAACAAAAUUAACUGCUAAUAGUAAAUUAUCAAUUAUUGUGAAUUUUAUCAUCAUGGCUCGCCAAAGAAAGCCCCUCUCGGUAGAUCACUCUCACCAUAAAUAUGCCAAGAAAAUAACACAUCAUACAGAAAAGAAAAAUAACAAAGUAUCAUACUGGCGAAGAGGUGUUAUGAUUAUUUGUUUAGCCUUUGCAGGGUGCAUUGGGUACAUGGGAUAUUUAGAAACACGUGUAAAUACUCCCUUUGAUGAUCAAAAGAUGGUGGUGAAAACAGGACUUGCUGCACCUGAUGUAUAUUGGGGAAGUUACCGGCCGGGAGUAUAUUUUGGUUUGAAGACGAGAGAUCCAUACUCGUUAGUUUCUGGCCUGAUGUGGUAUUUUACAAGACACAUAGGAGCUGAUGGUGGAGGGAUCAGGCACUGGUGUGAACAAGGUGAUAAUUUGGAUCGCUAUGGCUGGAUUGAACAUAAUGGAAAGAAUUUUGGCAUUCAAGAAAUACAAGAUGGACCGUUUUUGAUUACUACUUCAUUUGUUAAAAGGCUAGGUGGUGACCAUGGAGGGGACUGGACAGCUAGAAUAGGAGUAACUUCAAAGGAUCAAAGAUUGGAAGGUGAACAAAUUUCAUUUCUGGUGUACACAGCAGUAGAAGAAAAAUCGAAAGGUUGGAUUAAGCCAGAGAGAGUUGGUAGUCAUAUGAUCACUGGAGUGAGAGGUGAGACUGAGGGACUAGGUCCAUUUUCAAUUAAAAUGUUCAGUAAUGUUGGUAAAGUCUUGCAUGAAUCUUAUUUAAGUACUUCCGCUAUGGGUUUGCAUCUUUUAAAAGAGACUGUCAUAAAUUCAUUGCGUCUGGCAACAGACAAACAGACAGGUAAAAAAUGGAUUUCUUUACCUGGAGAGUUGAACAGUCGAGGCCCUGAUGGUAAAACAAUAGAACCAAAUUUCAUUGUCACUCAAGUGACUGGUAGUGUUCCUUUUGAAAUUGAUGUUGUAUUUGAAUCCUCUAGUGUCUUAGAUCGUCGAGAGAUUCUCAGAGGGGAUGUAUACAGCAAGGAGUUACAGAAAUGGAGAGAUGAAUUUCACCACUCAUUUGAAGAGAAAUUCCAGCUACAAAGUAAAGGUUACAGUGAAAAAGAAAUAAAGUUUGCUGCAGCUGCUUUUAGCAAUCUGCUCGGUGGAAUAGGUUAUUUCUAUGGAUCAUCAAGGGUAGAAUCUUCUCAUACUAGAGGGCCUGUGCCAUAUUGGAAAGCAGCCUUGUACACAGCUGUACCAUCACGAAGCUUUUUUCCAAGAGGGUUUUUGUGGGAUGAAGGAUUUCAUGGACUUUUGAUUUCUAGUUGGGAUAUUGAUAUGGAACUUGACAUCAUAUGCCAUUGGUUUGAUCUUAUGAAUAUUGAGGGAUGGAUUCCUCGUGAACAGAUUUUAGGACAAGAAGCUCUCAGCAAGGUACCUGAAGAGUUUGUUACUCAGAGAAAUACUAAUGGAAAUCCACCAACAUUUUUUAUCACUUUGAGCUUUAUCUUGAAGAAAUUUGGGCACACACUUCAUGAAAAUGGACGUUUAGACACUUUGGAAAGACUUUUCCCACGACUUCAAGCAUGGUUUGAUUGGUUUAAUGUCACCCAGAUUGGUGAUAUGCCUGGUACAUAUCGUUGGCGUGGAAGAGAUGGUACUACAAACAGGGAAUUGAAUCCUAAAACCUUGACUUCUGGAUUGGAUGAUUACCCACGAGCAUCGCACCCGAAUUUGGAUGAACGUCAUGUUGAUUUGCGCUGCUGGAUUGCAUUGGCAGCAAAUACACUUGCUGAUCUUGCCAAACUAUUAAGUCGAAAUGAACAAAAAUAUGUUAAUACAUUCCAAUAUCUCUCAAAUAACAAUAUUUUGGAUGACCUACAUUGGUCACCUCUUUCUCAAUCAUAUUCAGAUUACGGGUUGCACACAGAUAUGGUUGAGUUAAAGAAGCCUCCUCCGAGCCGAUCUCAUAGUCACCAUCCUGCACAAACAGCUGAAAAAAUACGUGUUGUUUUGAAAGAUCCUGAAUUACGAUUUGUGGAUUCAACAUUUGGGUAUGUUAGUUUGUUUCCAUUUUUGUUGCAAUUAUUACAACCAGACUCACCAAAACUCGGCAAGGUUCUUGAGGAUAUUAGACGACCAGGCUUGCUGUGGACCGAGUAUGGGCUAAGAUCUCUGGCUAAAUCAUCUCCCUUGUACAUGAAGUGGAAUACAGAACAUGAUCCUCCUUAUUGGCGAGCACCAAUAUGGAUAAAUAUGAAUUAUUUAGUGGUAAGAGCAUUAAAGCAUUAUAGUGAAUUGGAAGGACCUUAUCAACAAAAAUCCCUAAUGUUAUACAAUGACUUAAGAAAAAAUUUGGUUAAAAAUAUUAUGAAAGAGUAUUAUCGUACUGGCUACCUUUGGGAACAGUAUAACGAUAAGACUGGGGAAGGGCAAGGUUCAAGACCCUUUACUGGGUGGUCUGCGUUAGUCGUCUUGCUUAUGGCUGAAAUAUAUUAAUAUUUACAAGGAUGAUUUCACUAUACUGCAGAGUGUGCGUGGAUGAGAUGGUCUUUUUCAGCGAUACAAAGUUAGUGUGAAAAUAGUGUAUCUAUAAUGUUUUAAAGACAUAUUCUUCUAAAAGUUGAUAUUUGUAGUUGAAACAUUGAAAUCCAAAAUUAAUUUUUUAAAUCAGUGUCUUAACAUUUCUCUUUUCUUAUUGAACUUGCCUUGGUGAAGUGAUAUGAAAAUGUCUUGUACAGUACUUUAAAAAAUGCUGAGAUAUGUUACCGAAGGUGCUGACAUUUUCUUGUAAGAAGAAUCUACUUUCUGGAGACUGUUCGUGAAGGAAACUGAAUGAUGACUGUGCAGAUUUCUGAUUUGAAAUACAGUACUUCAAUUGUUAUGUUAUUGAGCUUGAGUUAUGGUAUUGUAUGUAAUAUUUGUUGAUUCUCACACUUCCAGUGUCUUCCACCAGUAGGGGAUUAUGUACAAUAAAAUACUUUCCUGUCUCUUUUAAAUGUAAAUUAUUGGUGCAAUGUUUUAGAAAACAUUAAUUUAUAUUUGAUAGGGGUACCAAUCUUAGAGAACCUGUAAGUAAUAUCUGUGGCCUAUUACAUGAAAGUACAACACUCUAUUCUAUAUAUACUGUGCCUUUCAGGUUUUCAAGUUUUACUCAGAGGUUGUGUUUCGUAGUGAGAUUAUAUAUAAUUGACUUGCUCCUUAUUGAUGUUUUCUCAGAACAAAUUGUGAAUGGGAAAAUUAAAGUAUCUCAUAACUUUUUACUAAAUAGCAAUUUCAAUCUCCAGAAUCAGGGAAGAAUAAGAGGAAAAAUUUUUCAAAUGGAAAUUAAUUAAAUAAUUUGUUUGAUCUAUGUUUUAAAUAUUAUUUCAAAUGUUUAAUUUCUAUAUACAACUAGCAAGUGCCAUUAUACUUAAAAUUUGCACCGCAAAGAACAGAAUUGCUUGAAAACUAAAAUAUUGUUUUAUUUUGUAGCAGCAGCAGUAGUAGUAGUAGUAGUAGUAGUAGUAGUUAUUCAAAUUAGAAUUUAUUACAUUCAGUUAUUUGUAGCAAUUAAAAAUUUCAAAUACUGAAAUUAUAUUAAAAUAAUUCUCAACAUAGUAAAGGAAUGAUGUGUGAUAUGUGAGUGGUGCAAUAAAUUUCUUUCAAAAGGAGCAGAAAUGUAACAAAUAUUUUUACUUUGCUGCACUAAUUGUAGAUGUUUAUAAGAAAGUGGUAUUUCUGAGUUUUCAAGAAAAUCUAACCAAUUGCUUGUUUAUAUUAAGAAUAUCUUGACAACUGCCAUUUGAGUAGUUGAGUACAACAUAGCGGUUUAAACAUCCUAUCAACAAAACAAGUGGUUUUGCAUUGAUCCAGAUUCCAGUUAGUAAAAAUUUUAAAUUUCAAUACAGCAAGUCAGCUCUUUUUUCUUCUUAUAAUUGAGAAAUUCGGAUGUAUUACCUGUUGUACUCAAUGGCUCCCUUGAUACUGUGCCUGGCUAAACUCUGACUAGGAUAUCUCUCAGGAAUGCUAGUUACUUUCUCUUGUUAUUCACUUCCUGGUAGACUGUUUUCUAUGUUAUGUAUUUCAUAUAUAUACUAUUCAUGCUGACAGGUUAGUUCAAAAUGCUUAUAUGUUGCAAUAUGUAUUUAUUCAUAGUAGAGAUGUAUUUAAAUUAUACAGCACAAUUUCAUGACUUGAAUGGUUGAUGUAUUGUUUUUCAUUUCUGAAAAUAGAGAACUUUGAAAGUAAAGUCA